ACGGAAAUGCCGCCGGUCACCGAGGAUCGUAUGCACGACCUUAAUGGUUACUUUUAACAAUCUGGACGCUAUUUUGUGUCGUUAAAGAGAAUGUAUACUGUAAGCGUAGUGAAGAACGCCCCGGUCCGUUUGGGCCCUGCAAUGCAGCUAUGCGGUAUGGCGGGGACUUCUUCAAGCUCUCAGCUCCCCAGCAGCACACAGCUGCCCACUGUCUGUCGAAAUGAUUUCUCGCUUUAGCCUGUGAAGUAGUGGGUUUUGAUCACGUUGGCUCGGAAAUGCAUUAUUUUGUGUCGUUUGCAUGGGGUUUGUUAAGUUGGGCCACGCGCGAGUUAGGCCCACGGGUGUGUGUUCAAAGUUCCUGAUGUGCUCUAAUCGGUUUGCACGCUGGGCAGCGGUUAUAAACUAUCAUCUGGGAGAUCAACUUUGUGAAUAAGGGUGUUUUCCAAGCCUAUAACCUGUGCCGUGUAUUGUCUGAGGUUGUGUGUAGGGUAUGUGCAUGUCGUGCCAACUUUACCCACACUUUGUAUGGACUUUUUAAAUGAAUGAGUGCUGGGUGCAAAUAAUUGUGCACUGACUGUAUGAGGUUCUUUUUUGUGUGUUAAUCUGGAUCAAGUUUACUAUUAAGUGUUGUUUAUGUAUUACAAAUAUAUUGAAAACCUUUUAUGUGUAGAAUCCUUCAUGCUCUAUGUAUAGUGAUCAACAUUGUCUAGGUAACAGUUUUAUAGUCAUCUACAGUAGGCUGUGCCUGCUAUUUUAGUCCAGACUUCUGUUUGUGCUGGAGUGAUUCACCAUCAAAACUCACCUGUACUUCAUUAAGUCACAGUAUCGAGUCAUCUUCUCAGGAAGUGCUUAAAUUAUAAUUCUGCUUGGUAACGUGAUCAAAGUUGUCUUGGACACAUUUCGAUAUGGUACAAGUGAUUGUGAAGGUCACAACAUAACAGUAUAUUGAUGGAGAAGACAUAAGCAGGGAGUAUCAUAGUGGCAUGCCUUGUAGGUUGUGUUAAAUGCUUAUUUUCUCCCAUCUGCGCUUAACUUCGACAGCUGACUUUGGGAAAAGGUGAAGAAUGACAGAAUAUAAGCUGGUGGUGGUUGGAGCUGGAGGUGUUGGAAAAAGCGCUCUCACCAUCCAGCUCAUCCAGAACCACUUUGUAGAUGAAUAUGACCCUACCAUAGAGGACUCGUACAGGAAGCAGGUGGUGAUUGAUGGGGAGACAUGUCUGUUAGACAUUCUGGACACAGCAGGUCAGGAGGAGUACAGUGCCAUGAGAGAUCAGUACAUGAGGACAGGAGAGGGCUUCCUCUGUGUCUUUGCCAUUAAUAACACCAAGUCUUUUGAGGACAUUCACCACUACAGAGAGCAAAUUAAGAGAGUGAAAGACUCCGAGGAUGUCCCCAUGGUGCUGGUGGGAAAUAAGUGUGACCUGCCAUCCCGCACAGUGGAUACCAAGCAGGCUCAGGAUUUAGCACGUAGCUAUGGAAUUCCUUUCAUCGAGACCUCGGCAAAAACGAGACAGAGAGUGGAGGAUGCCUUUUACACUCUGGUCCGGGAGAUCAGGCAAUACCGACUGAAAAAACUCAGCAAAGAAGAAAAGACGCCGAGCUGCAUCAAGCUUAAAAAAUGUGUUGUGAUGGGGUUGAUGAUGCCUUUUAUACUUUAGUCCGGGAAAUCCGAAAGCACAAGGAGAAGAUGAGCAAGGAGGGCAAGAAGAAAAAGAAGAAGUCCAAGACAAAGUGUAUACUAAUGUGAAUAAUUCGUCCAUUUCAGUAUCGACUCUGAACAGCUGAAAUAUUAAAGAACUGCAUUUUGUACAUUACACUAAAUUAUUAGCCUCUUCAGAGUACAGAAUGGAUCCCUAUUUUACUUCAUUUGCUAUCUUACAAACAAAUAAGCUCACUCUUGUCUAGUGCCAGAUGCCCCAAUGUGUUGGUCCUAAAUUACUUUGUAAUAUUAAAUUACAGCCAACAAUGAAAUUAUAUCGCCAAUAGUUAUUCUCUGGGUAUACUUUCCCCAAUAUUCACUUGGAGCUUGUGGUUUAGCAGAUGGAAAGAGAAUAGAGGCAACUAGCAUUCUGUGCUUCAGAAUCCUAAGGAUUAAUGUUUUAAUACGAGUUACGACUUGAUCUGUGGAGAGGAGUGUUUUGUGCAGUAUGAAUUAAAGGACAUGCAGUUGAACAUUGCAGUUUGCCACACAUAAUACUAAUAGCACAGUGAACUUUGUGUAUAAGUAAGUUCCUGUUCCAUAUUCUACUUAUUUCUUUUAAUAUUGUACAGAAUUGACCCUGUGAUUCUUCAGUCUGAUUGGUUAUGAUAUAAUGAACAGUAUAUAUCCUUAUAUAAUGUCCUUAUGUAGGACCAACACUAUUUGGGGUAAUAUUUUGAUAUCUCCACCACUGUGUAACAGAUGGUUUACCUGUCUGGGAUGUCAGAUUUAUAUUAACCUGCAUGUGAACGUCCAUUGUAGUCCAAUUUUAAGCCUUUGAUAGUGUGUAUGGAUGGUAAACUCUUAACCCUGAUCAGCGUUUUCAUUUGCAUGCUGUUCUUUGUGUAAUUUCCUGGAAAGGCAAGGAAAUGUUAAUGCUGCGUUAAAACAGGCCCUGUUUUCCAGGUGGGAAAUUCUUACCCAAUAGUUUUUUUUUUAUUUUUUAUUUUUAUGUUAUUGUUUUCUUUCAGUGUUCAGUUUAAUUUAAUGGUUGUCCACAUUAAAUUAGCUUAGAGAUGAAUGAUAAUAGCUGGAAUUAAAGAGUAAAUGCAAUAGUAGAGUAUAAAUCAGUUUAGAUGGUGGGUUUCCCAGUCUUAUGGUUUGUGGUUAGUAAAUUUGUAAGUUGUAAUGAUUUUUGAAGUUGCACAUACAUUAUUGAGGAUUUUUAAGGAUAUGUCUGUUCUGUAGAACAUGAUUUCCCCUGUUGUACCCAGCCAAAUGCCUUUUUUUUUCUUUUUAAAAAAAAAAAUAUAUAAAUGAAAAUGUAACCUACCACUAAUAAUUAGUUAAUAAUAUUGAAUAUUAUCCAUCUACUGAUCAGGAAAAAAAAACAAGGCAAACAAAUGACUCCUGUCACAAAUUGCUGCAUAAAUGGCUUUGCAGGGAGACACAACUGACAACACAAGCUUCUCACUUCCUGUAUCAGGUACAUGGCUGUAGUAUUGUGAGCAGAGCUGUGAACAAAUCUAACACACAGACACACACACACAUCUGCCUUUUCUUGCUAAUUUAUCCCAAAAGGCUGAUGUAAAAUGAAAGGCAGUGCUGACAAAUGUCAUUUCAGAGAGCUGUUAAAAACAAUAGUUGCCUUUUUGUAUUCGUCUUUUUUUUUUCUUUUGUAUCACAGAUCCUUAAUCAGUGCUUUUUCAUGUAUUUCCAUCAUAUUACAUGAAUGAAAUGGCCUGAUCUAUGGCUAAUGGUGCAUCUUCAAGGAGGCAAACAUGCAUAAAAUAAACAAAAUCAGGAUAACUGUUAUUAUGCAAUGUUAAUCCAGGUAAAGGCUGUUUUAAGCUGUUCUGUUACCUCUGUCCCAUUAAGAUAUGGUAACUUGAUGUCACGCUGUAUUCAAAUUAGAAGUCAUUUUUGUGUCUUUCCCCAUCUCACUCUUAAUGUCUCUUUCUCUUCUGUUUGUGGUGUGCCAAUGGAGAAAGUUCUUAAAAUACUUCAUGUAUACCUGGAGUGUAUUUUAACAACCUUUGUACAGUUGUGAUACAGAAAGAUGCAUAUUUUGUAAAUUGUGCUUUAGGUGUUUGUUUUUUUUUGUUAAUAAAUGUCACUUUAAUAGACCUGAAA